AUGUUGAUGGAUCCGAUUACUCCAGCUGCUACCCCUCCAAUGUCAAGCCCUGUGGAAGCCACUUCAUGCCUUGGAAGAGCCAACUCUUUGACAUCUGUCAGGUCGGUCUUCACUUUAUCAGUUUGCUCCGCCUCUGCAGCCAACGACAAAACCAAUGUCACCUCUGCUCGUUGCUCUCACUGCCAGGCUAUCGCCCCACCAGUGAAUGCUGGUGUAACACUCAAAGACGCCCCAGCUGAGAUUACAACAGCGAGGGAUGGGGAACUGACUCCGUUGGAAGCUCCCAAGAGUCCUAGCUUGACAAUCCAGACCAGUGGCCCUGGCUUCGAUUCAGCUACCCCAGAAAUUGGUUCUGCGACUGCAAGUUUGCUAAAAACCCUCCAAGACACCAACAAUGAGCUACAAAUCCAUUGCCAGAACCUUCAUCAGAUUCGUCUCAUGAGCCCAUCACCAGCACCAUCUCGUCGUGGGUCCGUCUGCCUAGCGGAAUCCGAGGCUUUUAUUGUCACCCCGUCAAUUUCCACCGACAAGAUUGCAGUUCAAGGGCCUGGCUUUCAAUCAGGUCACCCUCUUAUUUGCGAUCUUGGCGAUUUGGUAAACCUAUCGAACGCCAACUUCCGUCUGCUUAAAACAUUGCAAGACAAGGUCAACAAGGUGGAUUCGGUCGAGAAGAUGCUACGCACUGAGCGUGAGACAAUUGAGCGCGAGAGGGAACAGUUGAAGCAAAUGAAUGCUGAGGCUGAGCGGGAAAGAGUCAGGCUGAUGGCUGGAGGUUUGCGAUGGGAUGAUUAUAAGAUGAGUGGUGCUCGUAACCAUUCUGUACAGGGUUCAAGGAAUGUAUCUGGAAGAGCUACUCCAGAGGGCAACUGGGAUGAGGAGGUCGAGGAUUCUGUUUUUGAUGAGGAGUGGACAGAAGAGAAGGAGCAGGAGUUAAAAUUGUUAGAAACAAAACUGAAGAAAGCCAACCGGCAAUGGAGCGAUAAACAGGAAGAAGUUUUGGGCCCACUUGAGAGAUUGCGAGAAGAGAAGCGCCAAGUAAAGAAAGCCAAUAAGCUUGAUCGCCAAGCCUCGAACAAAGCCGAAAGAACGAAUUCUCGCGAAGAACAACCAGAAAAGCCUCCGCGAAAGAACUCUGGCUUCAAAAACUCGCUUUCCAACAUUGGAAGAAAAUCAUCUUCCGGCUCAUUGACUAGAAGGGAUUCUUCGCCUGCAUCUGGUAGUGCCACUCCUACAAGGCUUUUUAGGAAGUGGUUCGCAUAA